AUGUUGAAGAUGUUCGUGCUGCUGCUGCUCGCUCUACAGGCGCUCACCUUGGUCCAGGUGGUGGCCCAGGAGGAGGGGGCCCAGAUGGGGGGGGGCCAGGAGGGGGGGGGGCAGGUGGACGGCAGCCUCCCGGAGCUCAGUGACGUCUGCACUGAAGGCAGCUGUUACCCAGCAACAGGAGACCUUCUGAUUGGACGAGCCCACCAGCUGUUUUCUACCUCCACCUGCGGACUGAACCGGCCCGAACCGUUCUGCAUCGUCAGCCACCUGCAGGAGGAGAAGAAGUGCUUCGUGUGUGACUCCGUGGAGUCCUACGAUGAGCUGACCAAUCAGACGAGCAACCAUCGAGUCGAGAACGUCGUCACAACAUUCGCUCCAAACAGGCUGAAGACCUGGUGGCAGUCAGAGAACGGUCUGGAGAACGUCACCAUUCAGCUGAACCUGGAGGCCGAGUUUCACUUCACGCAUCUCAUCAUGACGUUCAAGACGUUUCGUCCCGCUGCCAUGGCGAUCGAGCGGUCAGCUGACUUCGGGAACAGCUGGCAGGUUUAUCGUUACUUCGCCUACGACUGCGAGACGUCCUUCCCGUCCGUCUCCCACGGGCCCAUGCAGAAGGUCGAUGAUGUCAUCUGUGACUCACGCUACUCUGACAUCGAGCCGUCCACGGAAGGAGAGGUGAUUUUCAGAGUUCUGGAUCCGGCGUUUCAAAUCGAUGAUCCGUACAGUCCUCGAAUCCAGAACAUGUUGAAGAUCACCAAUCUGAGGGUGAAGUUCACCAAGCUGCACACGCUGGGCGAUAACCUGCUGGACUCUCGUAUGGAGAUCAAAGAGAAGUAUUACUACGCCGUCUACGACAUGGUGGUCCGAGGGAACUGCUUCUGCUACGGACACGCCUCUGAGUGCGCCCCCAUCCAGGGAGCCAGCCAGGCCAGGGAGGGCAUGGUUCAUGGUCACUGCAUGUGUAACCACAACACCAAAGGUCUGAACUGUGAACUGUGUCAGGACUUCUACCACGACUUGCCCUGGAGACCAGCGGAGGGUCGCAACACCAACGCCUGCAAGAAGUGUAACUGCAACCAGCACUCGGACUCGUGUCACUUCGACAUGGCCGUGUUCGUGGCGUCGGGAAACGUGAGCGGAGGCGUCUGUGACGACUGUCAGCACAACACGGCCGGACACAGCUGUGAGCAGUGCCGACCGUUCUACUACCAGCAUCCUGAGAGAGACGUCAGAGACCCCAACAUCUGCCAGCAGUGUAACUGUGACCCGGUGGGCUCGCUGAACGGAGGACUCUGCGACAGGACGACGGACGUUCGAGCCGGACUGAUCGCCGGUCAGUGUCGCUGUAAAGUCAACGUGGAAGGAGAACGCUGCGAGCGCUGCAAGCAGGCGUACUACGGGCUGAGUGACGAGCCCGAAGGCUGCAAAGCGUGCACGUGCAGCCCUCUGGGAACGGUUCCUGGUGGAAAUCCCUGUGACAGUGAAACAGGAAGCUGCUUCUGUAAACGACUGGUGAUUGGACGAGAUUGUGACCAGUGUGUGUCUGAACACUGGGGUCUCAGUAAUGAUGUUGAUGGCUGCAGACCAUGUGACUGUGACCUGGGAGGAGCCGUCAACAACCAGUGUGACCAGCAGAGCGGCCAGUGCAGCUGCAGGAGUCACAUGUUCGGCCGGCGCUGUGAUCAGGUGGAGUCGGGUUUCUACUUCAUGGCUCUGGACCACUACACCUACGAGGCCGAGGACGCCAAGUUCGGACCCGGGGUGACGGUGGUGCCGAGGCCCCAUCCUCUGGACCGCAGCCCCACCUGGACCGGAGUCGGCCUGGUCAACGUCCCAGAGGGGGCGUUCCUGGAGUUCUCUAUCGACAACAUUCCUCACUCCAUGGAGUACGACAUCCUGAUCCGCUACGAGCCUCAGCUGCCGGACCAAUGGGAGGAGGUUCUGAUGACGGUGAUGAGACCUGGACCAAUCAGAGCAGACAGCCGCUGCGUGAACACCGUCCCCGACGACGACCACCAGACCGUCUCGCUCCACCCCGGCUCACGGUACGUGGCUCUGCCCAGACCCGUGUGCUUCGAGUCCGGUCUGAACUACACGGUCCGCCUCAGCCUGCCGCUGUACUCGGCCCUCAGCGACGUCCAGUCCCCGUACACGCUCAUCGACUCGAUCGUUCUCAUGCCUCACUGUAAGAACCUGGACCUCUUCACGCCGUCUGAAGGAGGAGAGUCCAGCAGCUGGGACACGUUCCAGCGGUACCGCUGCCUGGAGAACAGCCAGGGGGUCAUCAAGUCCCAGAUGACCGACAUCUGCAGAAACUUCAUCUUCAGCAUCUCCGCUAUGCUGCACCAAGGAGCUAAAGAAUGCCAGUGUGACCCUCAGGGCUCGCUGAGCACCGUGUGCGACGCCAGCGGGGGUCAGUGUCAGUGUCGCCCCAACGUGGUCGGCAGGAACUGUGACCGCUGCGCUCCGACCACCUAUCAGUUCGGACCCAACGGCUGCAGAGCCUGUGAGUGCGACUCUCAGGGGUCCCAGCAUCCGUUCUGUGAUCAGCUGAUCGGUCAGUGCAGCUGUGUGUCCGGAGCGUACGGCCGUCAGUGUGAGCGCUGCCUGCCGGGUCACUGGGGCUUCCCGACCUGCCAACCCUGCACCUGUAACGGCCACAGCGACACCUGCGACGCCGCCACCGGCCGCUGCCUCGCCUGCAGAGACCACAGCACCGGACCCCACUGCGACAGGUGUCUGGAUGGUUACUAUGGCGACCCGGUGCUGGGGUCAGGCGACCACUGUCGUCCCUGCAUGUGUCCCGACGGACCCGGCAGCCUGCGGCAGUUCGCAGGAAGUUGUUACCGUGCCGACAGCUCCCAGCAGGCCGUCUGUGUUUGUAACACUGGAUACAAAGGUGCUCGCUGUGAUGAGUGCUCACCUGGUUACUAUGGAAACCCAGGUGAGGCAGGAGGGCAGUGCCGACCCUGUCAGUGCAACAACAACAUCAACAUGAUGGACCCGGACUCCUGCGACAGCCGGACCGGCGAGUGUCUGCGCUGCCUGCACCACAGCGAAGGUCCUUCCUGCGAGAGCUGCAAACUGGGUUACUAUGGCAACGCCCUGCUGCAGGACUGUAGGAAGUGCGUCUGCAACCAGCUGGGCACGGAUGCGUCGAGCUGUCCGUCUCCUGGCGACUGUCACUGCGACCGCAGCAGCGGACAGUGUCGCUGCUUCCCCAACGUGAUCGGCCAGCUCUGCGACCGCUGCGCUCCUGAUUCCUGGAACAUGGCGAGCGGCCGCGGCUGCCAGACCUGCGACUGCGACGCCAAACAUUCGGACCAGACUUCGUGCAACGAGAUCAGCGGUCAGUGCUCCUGUCAUCCCGGCUUCGGAGGAAGAACAUGCAGCGAGUGCAGAGAGCUGUUCUGGGGAGACCCGGAGGUCAAAUGUCACGCGUGUGACUGUGACCCCCGUGGUAUCGUGGAUCAGCAGUGUGAUAAGGUCAAAGGUCACUGUGUGUGCGUGGAAGGCGUGUCGGGUCCUCGCUGUGACUCGUGUUCUCGCGGGUUCUCCGGAACGUUCCCCGACUGCCGGCGCUGCCACCGCUGCUUCUCCGAGUGGGACGCCGUCAUCGGCCAGCUGACCAAUCAGACGCACCGCCUCGUUAACAAGGUCAACGCCAUCAAAGCCAGCGGCGCCGGCGGCCCGUACAGGAAGUCCAUCGCCAGCAUGGAGAGGAACGCCGCCGACAUCCGGGUUCUCCUGGACCAGAACCCCGCCGCAGAACCGCUCAGCGAGAUCCAGGACCUGCUGCAGCAGGCCAGCGACCUGAUGGGGAACCUGAACCAGGCACUGAACCACACGGAGACUCUGGUCCAGGUCCAGGAGGGGGACCGCCGGGUCGGACUGAAACUGGAUUCUGUGUCAGCAGACGCUCAGAAACUGGACCAGACGGUUCGGGACCUGCUGGACCAGCUGGAGGUCGUCAAGAACUCCGACAUCAGAGGGGCGACCGCUAGCGUCACAAAGUACUUCCUGCAGUCUCAGGCGGCUGAAGCCCGAGCCAACGCGUCGACCUUUGACCCCGGCAGCGCCGUGCAGAGCUCCGCCCUCCUGCGGCGGCUCACUGAGGACAAGAUCAACCAAUCAGGAGCCGGCUUCCUGCAGAGACACACUGAGCACGCUCAGAACCUGGACGACCUGGCGGGACACCUGCAGACCCUCGACCUAUCAGAGCUCAGCACCAAGACCUGCAGCCCGGUGGACCCGGUGGACCCGGCGGACCCGGUGGACCCGGUGGACCCGGUGGACCCGGCGGACCCGGUGGACCCGGCGGACCCGGACUGUGACGGUCUGGUGAUGAAGGCUCACAGCAGCUGGAUGAAAGCUCGGGAGUCCGACCAGGAAAUACUCAGCGCCAUGCAGGAAGUGGACCGGCUCUCUAAGAUGGUCCAGGAAGCCAAGCUGAAGGCGGACGAGGCGAAGCUGAGCGCGCAGAACGUUCUGAUGAGAACCAACAGAACCAAACAGAACGUGGACCAGAGCAACGAAGAACUCAGAACCCUCAUCAAGCAGAUCCGAGACUUCCUCACACAGGACGCAGCAGACCUGCAGAGCAUCGAGAACGUGGCCAAUCAGGUUCUCGCGCUGCAGAUGCCGACGACGGCGGUUCUCCUGCAGAACCUCACGGCUGAGAUCCGGAUCAAGGUCUCGGAGCUCGGAGACGUGGAGGAGGUUCUAAAGCAGAGCGCUGACGACAUCCAGAGAGCCGAGAACCUCCUGGACCAGGCUCGCAGGGCCGGAACCGAAGCGUCAGACGUCAGAGACUCGGCACAGGAAGUGAAACGAGCUCUAAAAGAAGCUCAGCGAGCUCAGACGGCGGCGAGCGGCGCCAUCCGGCAGGCGGCCGCCGACAUCCUCAACACCAACCAGCUGCUGUCCUCCGUGGAGUCGGAGACAGAAGACACAGAGGUGAAGUUGAACAAUGCGACCCGGCGGCUGCAGCGGCUCGGACAGGAUGUGACUCUGCUGAGAGACAAAGCUCGGAACGUCACACUGAACACCAAACAGACCAAUCAGGAUGCAGCAAGCAUCAGAAAGAUGGCAGAAGAGGUGAAGAAGGAGCUGAACUCGGAGGUGAAAGGUCAGUACGCCACUGUGGAGCAGCUGAUUGGUCAGAAAGCAGCAGGUGUGACCGACGCCAAGAAGAGGGCGGAGUCACUGCAACAGGAAGCCAAAGAGCUGCUGCUGCAAGCUAGCAACAAGCUGCAGCUGCUGAAAGAGCUGGAGAGGUCACAUGAUGAGAACCAGCUGGCGUUGGAGCAGAAGGCGGAGCAGCUGGUGGAGCUGGAAGCCGCCGUGAAGGAGCUGCUGCAGCAGAUCAGCCAGCAGGUCACCGUCUACAGCACCUGUCUGUUCUAGGUCAAAGGUCAAAGGUCAAAGGUCACUGCUGCAGCAGAUCAGCCAGCAGGUCACCGUCUACAGCACCUGUCUGUUCUAGGUCAAAGGUCAAAGGUCAAAGGUCACUGCUGCAGCCAAUCAAUGGAGUGAUUUCCAAAGUGGACAUUUUAAUUCUCAGGUGUCUGACUGUCCCUGAACGCACCGUCAGGUACUUCUGAGUCAUGUGACUGAAGAUGUAUCGAUGUGAUUGGUCGGUUUAUGAAACGAUGAAUUAAAUGUUCAGUAAAUGUUUUAAUGUCUUUCUGAAAGUUAUAAUCAAUAAUCACUUUAACUGCAGCUACGACCUUUAUUUUAUUUUAUUUUUUUUCUACAUGACCAAAAUCU